AUGGAUAGAUUGCCAUACCAAGUUUGGACUGAACGAAAAUUUGUGCUGACGAGUUUAAAGGUUUUUGGAUGCCAUGCAUUUGUUACGGUGCCCAAGGAAAAGCGCAGCAAGAUUGAUGCUCGUUCGCUUGUUAGCCGCGACCAUCGCUACAAUGAAGUCGUUGUUCAAGAUGAUAAUGAAGAGACUGAUGAGGACCCCUACAACAUGACCUGA